GCCAAUCUCGGUGCAAAAAACGGUGCAAAAUUUCAUAAAAACGCGUCAAGUUUGUUAAUUUGUAACUCAAGAUAUUGUAAUUUUAACUGAUCGUAACUAUAUACAUACAUAUAUUGUAAUUGUUAUUCCUCGACUGUUUGUACUCUUUUCGAAUUAAGAUAGGAAAACUUUACGAGAGACCGCACGUAUUGCUGCGUACCUUGUGCCGAUUUGUCCAGUGAAAUUGCUCAUAAUUUCAAGCACAGUUCGGUGUACAACAUCCCGUAAUACAGGUUCAGGGUUAUAAACAGAGAUUUUUAAAAUGGCUCUUGAUGCUUACGACAUUUACUCGGCCCUAUGGAAGCAUAUUGUAACCAGUAACCAGCGAGAGGAUGUUGUAAAUGGAAUAAAGGCCUGCAUCUCUGACAGUGAAAUCAUUUCGUUUGUUCGUCGAGUUGCAGACAACAGCAUUGGUGAACCAUUUGAACUGAAGGAUUUAGAACGUGACUGCAAAAAUGAAGCGAAAGCUAUUGAGUGUCGCAAACUUGGAAAUGAAAAAUUUCAUCCAAAGGUUAAGAAAUACAUUGAAGCUGUUGCGUACUACAACGAAAGUAUAGCAUUGAGCGAAGAUGGCUCCGAAACAUUGGCUAUUGCAUAUGCAAACCGAUCGGCUGUGUGCUAUGAAUUGGAAGAAUAUGCUGAUUGUUUGCAAAACAUUCGAUUGGCGCGAGAAAACUCUUAUCCGGAGAAUUUGACUUUCAAGCUAGAUAAUCGAGAAAAAGGCUGCCUCAAACGGUUAGCUGAAAAUGACCAUAAACAGUUGGAAAAGGAUGAUGUGCCGCGAAAACCAAAGCUAAGCUACGAACCAAAUCCUAAAAUUCCACGCAUAUCUGAUUGCCUCGAGCUAAAGGAAGAUGAUCAAUUUGGAAGACAUUUGGUAACCAAUCGAAAUCUAAGCGUGGGGGACAUCGUGAUUGAGGAAGCUCCGUUUUCUUCACUGCUCGUCAGCGAUCGACGAUACAUGCAUUGUGAUUAUUGUCACGACGACCAGUUUCUAACACUCAUACCAUGCAAAUCUUGUACCGUAACGAUGUUCUGCUCUACUAACUGUCAGCAAAAAGCAGUGGACACCUAUCAUCGAAUCGAGUGUUCCGUGAUUAAGGACAUGCACUUUCUGUUCACCAAAGUCAUUUUGAUGGCAUUGAGGACAACAACGACCGCCAUUAGUACAUUUGAUUAUAAUCUCAAAGAACUUCGACUGCAUGUGGAAUCUAUCGACGAGAAAUCUAUGAAUCCAUUCAAAUUGGAUUGGAGCAGUAUCGAUUCCAAGCAAGUCUAUAGCACUAUCCACAUUUUGGCCACAAACCAAAGCUUGCGUAGUGCCAGCGACCUCGUACAGCGUUCCGUGUACGCCAUAAUCAUGAGUGAACUUCUGUUUCGAAACACCGAACUUGGUAAACUCUGCGAUGACCAAGAAUCUCAUGACCUAAUCCGUACGUUGUUGUUCCGUCAUGCGCAAGCGUCUCCUGUAAGCAUGCAUUCAACAAUGUUUAUGGAAUACACGCCGAAAGAAUACGAGAAGUACUCACCGCUCAAGGUAGGCUGCGGAUCUUUUCCCAUUCUGAGCAUGAUCAAUCAUUCAUGCGCUCCGAAUCUCGAACGGAUGACUUUGCCGAAUGGAAACGUGAUGGCCCUGGUCAAUCGACCAAUUAAAAAAGGUGGCCAGCUGUUCGAUAAUUAUGGGUAUCAUCACUGUUUGGAAUCGCUCGAAAAGCGUCAAAAUGGUCUUUUUGAACAGUACAGCUUCCGUUGCCAGUGCGAGGCAUGCAAACUGAAAUACCCGUUGUUUAUCAGAUUACCGCAUGCAAAGCUGCCUCCCGGCGUGAGGCCUCCCAUCGACUACGACGAGAUGGAUCGUCUAGCCCAACACGACAUGGCGACAGCACUGCGUAAAAUUCCUGAAUAUUGCUGGUAUCUCAAUAUGCUCGAUCCUCAGUAUCCAAACUACGAAGUAAGCUCUGUGCAGGAGGCAUUAGUAAAAUGCUAUCAUGUAGUUUACGCCAAAAAAUCUAGGAAGGCUAGAUAUAAGGAUUUGUGUAAUCUGUAAGAUUUCUUUAUAAAUAAAUGAUGUUGUGCUUCUAAUAGGUA